AGGAGGGCUGGGCCUCAGAACUCACCUGUGUUCGAGAUGUUAAGAGGUGUCUGUCUCUUUAAGGCGCCUGUCUGCUGCUGCUGUCUAGCUUUGUGUGAGAGGAAAAGCACGCCAUGCCUUAAUUAUCCUGGAGGGAAAAAAGUUCAAACAAACGACAGGAUAGAUAACGGUGGGAUGAGAUUCGCUCGCGGCGGAAUGCAGUCCACAUGGACACACACUGCACUGUUUGCGCUUCUUGUGUUUUUGUCUGGAAUUUCUUUUUCUACUGCUUGCAAUAAAGCCUUGUGUGCCAGCGACGUCAGCAAAUGUCUAAUACAGGAGCUGUGCCAGUGCAGACCAUCAGAUGGGAACUGUUCAUGCUGUAAGGAGUGUAUGCUGUGUCUGGGCACGCUGUGGGAGGAGUGCUGUGACUGUGUGGGCAUGUGCAACCCUAGGAACUACAGUGACACACCAGCCACCUCGAAGAGCACAGUGGAAGAUCUCUACAGGCCCAUUCCCUCUCUGUUCAGAGCUCUCACUGAGGGUGAAGCCCCCAUCAACAUGAUGGUGGUCUCCUUUCCAGUGGCAGAGGAGCUAUCUUACCAUGAGAGCCUGGUCUCCUUCUUGGAGACUAUGGAAGAUCAGCAUCAAAAUGUUUCGUUGCCUGGAAACAGUAUUCAUUCUAGUUAUGAUAACACUCAAGAAAACAUGUGCACGGUAGUGUACUUUGAUGACUGUGUUUCGAUUCGUCAGUGCAAGCAGUACUGUGAGUCGAUGGGAGGCUCGAAGUACCGUUGGUUUCACAACGCCUGCUGUGAGUGUAUUGGGCCCGAGUGUAUUGACUACGGCAGCAGAGCAGUGAAGUGCAUGAACUGUCUCUUCUGAACCACUAGCCUUUGAACGUUGCGGAUGCUCAUACUCCUGCCACCAGAGGGCACAAUAACCGGACCAUAGGUUCAGGAGACACUGACCUGGGGUUGGGAAAACGAGCUGACAAUCAUGUAGAUUACAAGCCCUUGUGUCUUUGCUCUUUGUAUUAACCUUUUAAAUGUUUUACCCCAGGUUUUCCAGGAAAAAAAAAAAGAUAUGGAUUUUGUCUCGUAUUUUUACAUAAAUCAGUGCAUAAUUGUUCAUCAAAUUGUAUUCAAAAGGGUGUUCUCUGACAUUAUUGCUUUAUGUAGCAUAUUAACCUUUACUAACUUUAAUCAUGCUUAUUAAUUAGAUGCAACUGAUGGAUAUUAAGGUACUACAUGGGAGGAGGGGGGUCAGAAAAAGCCAUAUAAUAUUGUAGUUAUACAGCAUCACAUAGUAUUUUUAAACAACUGCGGAUAGAGUGACAUUUUAUAGCGAAGGUUUGUUGAUUAUAUUCUUUGAAUAAUUCUUGUUCGGCACAGAUGGAGGGACUGGAGCUGUAUACGGAAAGCGUCCAUGUCUGACUGACAUUUCUUAGAAGCUUUUACCACAGAUAUGAUGAGGAAGCAAAGAGAAAACUUGUCCUUAGUUCAGCACUCUGGUUAUGGCCUUACAAGCUCUGGUCCAAUAUGUGUAAGUCAUAUAUCUGGUAUUCAGUUUAGUUAUGUUCUAUGCAUUUCACUAGUGUUGCUUCAGGGUCCUACAAAACCUGGAUGGUCAUAUUCUGUUUUGCAGUAAUCCUCAUUAAAAGCAGAGAAACCUG